CGGGACUAGACAACAUGCCGUUUGCUAGUUUUCGACACUUACUUUCUGCCGUUUUAAGUUAAGUUGACUUUCUAAAAAACUACAAGGCGUUAAAGGAAACAUUCUCUUCUCUUCUCUCCCUCUCCUCGCCGGAGAGAAUAAAGUAUAAAUACAAACUUUUCUAAUUCAACGCAGCACAAAAGUCUCCUCUUGUCUCUCUUCCUCUCUCACCAUGGCAGCAUUUCUCGCGAGACGGCUUCUCGGCACUUCAACGUCUUCCUCCUCAGCGCUCAUGUCCUCUGCUAGAGCCUUCUCCUCCUCCACCACUCCGAUCAAAGCAACCCUCUUCCCCGGCGACGGGAUCGGUCCCGAGAUCGCCGAAUCCUUCAAACAGGUUCCUUUUCCCAAUCCCCAUCAUGGGUUCGUCGCUAAAGUUAAUAAAGUUUGCUCCUUUAUGGUGAUCCAGGUGUUUACUGCUGCUGACGUGGCAAUUGAUUGGGACGAGCACUAUGUUUCCACUGAAGUAGAUCCGAGAACCAAUAGUUUCUUGACGUGGGAGAGUCUUCAGUCCGUGCUUGAUAACAAGGUUGGCUUGAAAGGACCUAUGGCUACUCCCAUUGGGAAAGGUCACCGUUCCUUGAACCUUACUCUUAGGAAGGAGCUGAAUCUGUACGCUAAUGUUAGGCCGUGUUACAGCCUUCCCGGGUAUAAGACCCGUUAUGAUGACGUUGAUCUUAUUACUAUUCGUGAGAACACUGAAGGAGAGUACAGUGGGCUUGAGCAUCAGGUGGUUAAGGGUGUGGUGGAGAGUAUUAAGAUUAUUACACGUAAGGCGAGUAUGAGAGUUGCGGAGUAUGCUUUUCUCUAUGCCAAGACUCACGGAAGGAAGAAAGUUUCUGCUAUUCAUAAAGCCAACAUUAUGCAGAAAACUGAUGGUCUUUUCCUUCAGUGCUGUGAUGAGGUAGCUGAGAAGUAUCCUGAGAUAGAAUACGAGAAGGUUGUUAUUGACAAUUGUUGUAUGAUGCUUGUGAAGAACCCAGCACUUUUUGAUGUGUUGGUGAUGCCAAAUCUCUAUGGAGAUAUUAUCAGCGAUUUGUGUGCUGGACUAGUUGGGGGACUAGGACUGACUCCAAGUUGUAAUAUCGGGGAGGAUGGUAUUGCCCUUGCUGAAGCUGUGCACGGGUCUGCACCAGAUAUUGCCGGAAAGAACUUGGCGAACCCGACAGCUUUGCUUCUGAGUGGAGUGAUGAUGUUGCGGCAUCUGAAGCUCAACAAACAAGCAGAGCAAAUUCAUAGCGCCAUCAUCAACACAAUAGCGGAGGGGAAGUAUAGAACCGCUGAUCUCGGAGGUACCUCAACCACAACAGAGUUCACAAAAGCCAUCUGUGAUCAUCUCUAAACAUCCAUUCUUUCUCUACUUGUUCAUUUUCCAUUGGACCUUUCCUUUGAGGAUUUACACUCCAGAUAUUCUUGCUCACGUUUUUUUUUAUCUCUCUCUCCUUCUGAUCAUCUUCUUAUGAGAAGAAACAAAGCCACCAUUGGCAUUUCUCAUGUGUUUUCUUUUAUUGUUUUACGUUUUGAGCUCUUGCACAGCUAUUUACUUCUGCCUAAAGGGGUAACAUUUCAUUACACAGAAAGGAUAUAGACAGUUGUGUUCAAGAAAUUGUAUACCGGUCACUACUCACUAGUAUCUUAAUUACUUACUAGGGUUUGACCCGUGUUUGUUUUAAUUUUUUGUGGUGUAAUUUUAUGUUUUUACAACAUGAUAUACUAU